AACGCACUAUAGUGUAUGAAUGUUUAUUUAUCUGUGAGAACACCGAAGAGGGACGGAGACGGAGAGGAUAAUCUAUCUAUCUACAGUCAGAAUUCAGAAAACAGUAAAUGUACACGAAAAAUGGCUGCUGUGGUUGUACAAUCUCGUUUUGCCGGACUGAAAAUUGAAGAUGACGAGAUUUCUCCUAACGAAGCUCAAAAGACUAGCAAGAAUAAAACUAACAUUGCUAAAAAACUUGAACCUGCAAAGAAGCCAAAAAGUACUAACAAUAAUAACAACAAACUACAGGCUGCACCUAAAAAACGAAAGUCAAAACCUUCUGGUGCAACUUCGGAGCAAUGGGAAAUGUGGAAGCAAAAGGAUGAGGAACUUGUCCAUGGAAACUAUGAAUCUGAACUCCAACAAGCAAUACUACUAUCUAAACUUGAUUACGAAGAAAAGAAAAUUGUAUACAAGCAAUUGAAAAAGAAUGCAGAUGUUGAGAAAAAAGCUGAACCCUCUCGGAGUGGAAAUAAGAAAAAUAAAAAGAAAACUGUUAUGAGUUUAGAGCAGUUUAACGAUAUGGGUAAUACAGAAGAGCAUAAAAUUUCCAAUGAAGAAAAAAGCGAAAAAGAUUGUCAAGUACAAGAUAAAGAUACAAAGUUCUUUGAAAGGAUUCAAGAUGAAACAAAACAUGAACUCUUAAAAGACAAAAUUAUUGAGAGAGUACGAAAUCAAACUGUAUCUGAUGAAAUAAUUAACCGGGUUCAAUAUAUAGAAGCUCUACAAAAGAAAGAUAAAGAAAUUACUGGUUUGAAACAGGAAGUCACAAGGCUGAAAGAGGAACUGCUAACAGUCAAAUCACGAAAUAAAAAAUUAUGCAAUAUCUUGGGGCAGGGUGAAAUGAAAGACAAAGCUGAGGUUCUUAUUGAAGUGGAGCGAUUGCGAGCUGUGCAGGCAGAACUGAAUGCUGAACUUUCAUCCCUUCAUUCUGAGCUUGAGAAGGAAAGGUCCAAGAAUACUGAUCCAAGAACUAAAGACAAGAAAAAGAGGGGCGCAAAUGGAGACAAAGAAAAAUAAAUUUACGUAAAAAAUUGAAUAUAUUAAAUCGUACGAAAGUAUGCCAAUUUUGAUAUAUUCUUACAUAUUAAAUUAUUAGAAAUGUGAUUAUAUAUAGAUUUAGGCACUUAAAUGUGAACUUCCUUGUUAAGUGUAAACUUGAUUGUGGAAAGAUCGAUCUCUUAUUUUUUUAUUAAUAUUUAAGUUGACUAUUACAAAAUAUAUACUACAUAUUUUAUAUUGUUCAUGGUUUCCAACGAUAAGAUAUUUAAGGCUACUUUUUUCUAAAUGCAACACUAGCCCAUUCCUCAAACUUUUGAGAAUCAAUUUUUUUUGUAUUAAAUAAACCACAUUUCAUCUUUCAAAACUUGGAUCCUGUUGAUGUUGCUUGCAAGAUUUUUCAAGAUGUCUCAAGUUAAGUAUUAGUUUUAUUAUUUAAGCUAAAAAUGUGUCUGAUAUAUUCCUCCUAAUCCGUCUUUAAGUUACUUUUUUUAUUAAAGUUUUUAUGUAUUA